AUGAUGACCACCUAUAUCGUGAGGAGGCUGCUCCUCUUCAUUCCCACCAUUCUCAUAGUGACCAUCAUCAUCUUCCUGUUGAUGUGGAUCGUGCCUGGCGACACGGCCAUGCUGAUCCUCACCGGAAACGAUCCCAACGAGGGCGGCAGGGUCAAUCUGGAGGACAUCGAACGGCUGCGGGCCAAGCUGGGCCUGGACCGGCCCGUCCACAUCCAGUACGCCGACUGGAUUUGGGACAUGGUUCGCGGGGAUCUGGGCGAGUCCCUUUGGUACCAGACACCGGUGAUCGACGAACUGGGAGGACGGUUCCUCACCACCAUGCAACUGGCGGUGAUGGGCAUCUUGAUGGCCUUCGUGGUUGCGGUUCCCCUGGGCAUCAUAUCCGCCGUGAAACAGGACACCAAGCUCGAUUACAUCAGCCGGCUUUUCGCCUUGCUGGGCAUCGCCAUGCCCACCUUCCUCAUCGCCAUCGUCGUCACCUAUAUUCUGGCAUACGUCUUUGACUGGCUGCCUCCACUGGACUACGCCGAUUUGUGGGAGCAGCCGUUAACGAACCUGCAGCAGAUGAUAUUCCCGUCCCUGGCCAUCGCCUUCCACGACCUGGCGUUCACCGCACGGGUCACCCGCUCCUCCAUGCUUGAAACGAUGCGGGACGACUACGUGCGCACCGCCCGGUCCAAGGGCCUGACCGAAGUGAGCGUCAUCGGGAGGCACGCGCUGAAGAACGCCCUGCUGCCCAUCAUCACGGUUUCGGGAUAUCAGUUCGGCCGGUUGCUCGGCGGUGUGGUGAUCGUCGAAGUCAUCUUCCUCGUCCCCGGCAUCGGAUCAAUGCUGAUCGACGCCAUCAUCCAUCGUGAUUUCGUGGUGAUCCAGGCGGUGGUGGUGCUGGUGGCGGCGGUGGUCAUGUUCCUGAACCUGGUCAUCGACAUCGUUUACGGAGUGCUCGACCCGCGGAUCCGCUAUCAAUAG